GGUCUAUGGACCGUCUUUUCGAGGCUUAAGAGCACUAUAAACCCUUGGGUUAUGACCCUAUGGAUUGGACCAUAGCCAAAAACAUAAUUUGGGUUAAAGGAGAUUGGAUAACUAUAAUUAGCAAUCCAAAUUUCAUUAUUUUUGGGCUAUUAUCUUCUACUUCGUAUUUGGGUGACCUUCAAGUUUUAUUCGGUCAGUCUAAAUUCUUCGUGUAUUGGAAUCCAAAUCAAAGUUCAAUCGAAAACUUCCUCUCAAUUUCAAAGGGUUCUAAGAAGCUAAUUUUGGGUGUAUAAAUUGCACAUUUAGGUUUGAAGAUUACCCAAAUUAUCGUUGAUUUGAGAACCCAGUAUUGAGAAUUAACAAUGGGAAGUAAGAGAGAAAGAGAAGAGGUGAAGGAUAGUGAGGUAAAGAGGCAGAAGAUGGAAGAAGACGAGGCGGGGUCGCCAAAAACUCAUGCUUUCGAGAACCCACUUCUUCCAUUAGCUUCAUACGAUGAUGAUGAUGAGGAAGAAGAGGAGAGGAGGAGGGAUGCGAUUCGAAGGCGUGCCGGUGAGGGGAAUGGCAAGGAGGAAGCAGGGGUUAAUGGUGGUGUGAAUGGGGUUGUUGCUGAUGAUGUUGAGGAUGAUGAAGAUGAGGAGGAUUUAGGUUUUCAUCAAGCCAAGCGCAAUCGGGCCGUUGAGGUCAGGAGGGAUUGCCCUUACCUUGAUACUGUUAACAGACAGGCUUUAGAUUUUGAUUUUGAAAAAUUUUGCUCAAUCUCGUUAACGAACUUGAAUGUAUAUGCAUGUCUGGUGUGUGGUAAGUAUUACCAAGGAAGAGGCCCCAAGUCUCAUGCAUAUACUCAUAGCCUGGAGGCAGGACAUCAUAUCUUCAUAAAUUUGAAGACUGAGAAGGUUUUUUGCCUACCUGAUGGAUAUGAGAUUAAUGAUCCAUCUUUAGACGACAUCCGUCAUGUUCUAAACCCCAGGUUUGCCAGGGAACAAGUUGAACAGCUAGAUAGAAGCAAGCUGUGGGCAAGAGCUCUUGAUGGCUCUGAUUACCUGCCUGGAUUGGUAGGACUCAAUAACAUCAAGGAAACCGAUUUUGUUAAUGUUACAAUUCAAGCGCUUAUGCGUGUUACGCCCUUGAGGAACUUCUUCCUGAUUCCAGAGAACUACCAGCACUCUAGAUCUCCCCUGGUUCAUCGUUUUGGGGAGCUUACUCGUAAAAUCUGGCAUGCAAGAAAUUUCAAGGGACAGGUGAGUCCCCAUGAAUUUUUGCAAGCUGUGAUGAAAGCAAGUAACAAAAAGUUUCGAAUAGGUGCACAAUCUGACCCACUUGAUUUUGUGACUUGGCUCCUUAACACCCUCCACAAAGAUCUCAAAAAAAGCUCAAAGAAAAACACAAGUAUCAUCCAUCAGUGCUUCCAGGGAGAACUGGAAGUUGUGAAAGAAAUGCAGAGUAAAGGUACUGAGAGAAGAGAAGGUGGCGAUGAUCAAAAUGGUGGAUCUGAAAACCCUAAUGUUGUCAGAGAAACUUCCAAAAUGCCAUUUCUAAUGCUUAGCCUUGAUUUGCCACCUCCGCCUCUUUUUAAAGAUGUUAUGGAGAAAAAUAUUAUCCCUCAGGUUCCACUUUUCAACAUAUUGAAGAAGUUUGAUGGUGAGACCAUAACAGAAGUUGUGCGUCCUCAAAUAGCUAGGAUGAGAUAUCGUGUAACCAAAUUGCCACCUUACAUCAUUAUGCACAUGCGGCGAUUUACGAAAAACAACUUUUUUGUUGAGAAGAAUCCCACCCUUGUUAAUUUUCCUGUGAAGAACCUCGAGCUGAAGGAUUAUAUCCCUCUGCCCACACCAAACGAUGAUGAGAAAUUGCGUUCAAAAUACGAUUUAAUUGCAAAUAUUGUUCAUGAUGGCAAGCCCAGUGAAGGGUCAUACAGAGUCUUUGUUCAAAGGAAGUCAGAGGAACAAUGGUAUGAGGUGCAGGACUUGCAUGUAUCAGAAACACUACCUCAGAUGGUUGCUCUUUCAGAGGCAUACAUUCAGGUGUAUGAGCUACAGCAGCAACAUUGAAAGCCUGGUUUUUGUUUUUCUUUUUCCUGUCUGGCUCAGUUUAAAAUGUCACCAUUAGUGAUUUAGUUCUCAUGCUUAACAACAGAGUCAUCAUCGGUCAAACUUGGAAAUGUUGCCAUCAAAUUUGGUGUUUAUUCUGGUUGUACAGAGUAUGAUGAUAUACUUCCCAUCAACUAGUUCCGUAUCUACGAAAUAUACGUUCAGAAAUUGAAAAAUGGUAGCUGCAACAUUUUACAAGGAAAGAAGUUGUAUGUAGGCUCUCGAACGAUUUUGUAUGUAGGUUUUUUUUUUAAUCUUCAUACAACUGUAUGAGCAGGAAGAGUUGAUUUUGUGUUGCUCUUGCUCAUCCUAGAAUUAAAGCUUUUGGCCCGUGCACCUUCUAAUAAAAAAGGAGUGCAAUGAUGAAGAAAAAAAGAAGCGUGAAUCGAGAUUUUAAAGCUCUUUUACAUC